UGGAUAUUAUUCAUUCGACCUCCGACGAAGCCAUCUAUAAAAGGCAAUUUCCAUUUCAUUGAUUCAAACAGUAUCCAAGGAAACUUAGAAACGGUUAUUACAAAACCAGCAAAAAGAGUUCGAAUUUCGAAAGAAGAACUACCUUCAAUAUGGGCAAACAACUUUUCCUCGGCAUUGCCCUCUUCAUGGCCGUGUCUCUCAACGGAGCCAUGGCUGCCUAUAACGUCACCCAUUACUGCCAACUUGUUGAGACCGGCACCAAAUUGCCCAGCUUGGACAAUUGUCAAACGUAUUAUACGUGCCUGGCCAACGGCGGCUACCAGGAGGAUAACUGCUUGUCAUCCCAGGCCUUUAACAAGAACACCCAAAGUUGUCAGGCCGCCUCGAUGGUCGGUUGCACGGCUGGCGCUGCAAAUCCAUGUGAAAACAAAAACGAUGGCUGGGUUCAGGAUCCCUCGAACUGUGUCAACUGGAUCUAUUGCUCGAAACAGCAGCAAUCUGGCAGUGGUAGUUGUCCCGUCGGUCAAUACUUCAGCAACGACAAGGGCCAGUGCAUCUGGGGCCAGUGUACCAAUAUGGAUGAUACGAACGGUGAAUUAACCGAAGUUGCCAACCUGUGCGAGUUGAUGGCCAACAAUAAGUACUUUGGUGACUUUGAGGAGUGCAAUGCCUGGCAUAUGUGCAUAGAUGGCACCAUGAAGAAUGGCACAUGUAAUGGCAAUUUGGUCUACAACACAGCCAGAGGUAUGUGCUUGACAAAUGACGGAACCAUGUGUAAGCGUGUCGGCUCAAAUGCCACUCCACCCUCGGAGCCUUGCACAACGGCCGAUCAGGGCAACUACAAGGGUGAUACGAAAGUCUGUUCCGUCUAUUAUCAAUGCAAAUCGGAGGUGUGGACCAAACUCAACUGCCCGACUGGCAACUACUUCGACACUAUUACGAACACUUGUGUGGCCCGCCAACAAGCCGUAGCCACCGAGGGCUGUGAUCGUUGUCAAUUCGCCACCGUAACAUGGGUCAAUCAAGUCGAUCCCACGUGCCAGAACUAUUUCACGUGCAAUUCCAAUGGCCAAGAGAUUGCGGAGGGUGCAUGUAAAGAGGGUUAUUACUUUAAUGAACAGUCGCAAGUCUGUUUGUACAAUAGCACCUUGAGCACUUAUCGCAAGAAUAAUGGUGCCUGCUAUCUGAGUGAUGUCACAACAUCUGCUCCCACGACCCCAAAUGCCCCAACUGAUGCCCCAACUGAUGCCCCAACUGAUGAACCUGCCGGAGCCCCAGCCCCAACUGAUGAACCUGCCGGAGCCCCAGCCCCGACUGAUGAACCUGCCGGAGCCCCAGCCCCAACUGAUGAACCUGCCGGAGCCCCAGCCCCAACUGAUGAACCUGCCGGAGCCCCAGCCCCAACUGAUGAACCUGCCGGAACCCCAGCCCCAACUGAUGAACCUGCCGGAGCCCCAGCCCCAACUGAUGAACCUGCCGGAGCCCCAGCCCCAACUGAUGAACCUGCCGGAGACCCCACCCCAGCCCCUGGAGAAUAAUAUUUUACACAGAUCAGUAUAUGUUUCUAAAAUUGUUCGUUAAAAAAAAAAAAGAAAAAUUUAUGUUUUCUCUUCAACAAAAUAAUCUAAUAAAAUUUAAUUAAUGCACCUUAA